UCUGCUUAAGGAAUGCUGAAAUACAUGAAAUUAAAUGCAAGUAAUGGUGCUAAAUGUACACUGUUGUAGGAGAAUGAAAACAUUUCAUAUUAUAGCAGGAGGAGUGUCUCUGAGAAUGGUCUGGACUUGUCAUUAUCUUCUGCACUCUGAACAGGACUCCAAGCCCUGGAACAGCAGAUGCCCAACAGCAGCUCCAUCAGCGAGUUCCUCCUCCUACCAUUGGCAGACACGCGGCAGCUGCAGCUCCUGCACUUCUGGCUCUUCCUGGGCAUCUACCUGGCUGCCCUCCUGGGCAACGGCCUCAUCAGCACAGCCGUAGCCUGCGACCGCCGCCUGCACACCCCCAUGUACUUCUUCCUCCUCAACCUGGCCCUCCUCGACCUGGGCUGCAUCUCCACCACUCUCCCCAAAGCCAUGGCCAAUGCUCUCUGGGACACCAGGGCCAUCUCCUACACAGGAUGUGCUGCACAGCUCUUUUUCUUUCUCUUCUUCAUCUCAGCAGAGUAUUCCCUUCUCACCAUCAUGUCCUAUGACCGCUACGUUGCCAUCUGCAAGCCCCUGCACUACGGGACCUUGAUGGACAGCAGAGCUUGUGCCACCAUGGCAGCAGCUGCCUGGGGCGCUGGGGUUCUCAAUUCCCUGCUGCACACUGCCAGUACGUUUUCACUGCCUCUCUGCCAAGGCAAUGUUGUCAACCAGUUUUUCUGUGAAAUCCCACAGAUCCUCAAGCUCUCCUGCUCUGGCUCCUACCUCAUGGAAUUUGUAUUUCUCUUUUUUGGUGUCAGUUUAGGCUUUGGUUGCUUUGUUUUCAUAGUUGUGUCCUAUGUGCAGAUCUUCAUGGCUGUGCUGAGGAUGCCCUCUGAGCAGGGACGGCACAAAGCCUUCUCCACGUGCCUCCCUCACCUGGCUGUGGUCUCCCUAGUUGUCAGCACUGGCUUUUUUGCCUACCUGAAGCCUCCCUCCAUCUCCUCCCCACUCCUGGAUCUGGUCGUGUCUCUUUUGUACUCAGUGGCUCCUUCAGCACUGAACCCCCUCAUCUACAGCAUGAGGAACAGGGUGAUCAAGCACACCCUCAGGAAGGUGUUGCAAUAA